CAGCAAACAUCUCCUGCUUUGGUUGUAAAGUUGCAGACAUGCUCCUGAAAAGCGGAUUUCUUUUGCUGGUGGUUUUGGCUGCUUGUGCAUUUUGCACAACUCAGGAAUCCACACAACCGAGACGAGCACGGUUCUCAUCCAACACCCCUUCUGAUGUUGCCCGCUGUCUGAAUGGCGCUCUGCAAGUGGGUUGUGCGACCUUCGCAUGUCUGGAAAACUCCACCUGCGACACCGACGGCAUGCACGAGAUCUGCAACGUCUUCCUCCACACAGCUGCUGUUUUUAACACAGAGGGUAAAACAUUUGUGAAAGAGAGCAUCAAGUGCAUGGCCAACGGCAUCACCUCCAAAGUGUUCCAGACCAUUAAGCGCUGCUCCACCUUCCAGAAGAUGAUCGCUGAAGUGCAGGAGGAGUGUUAUAAGAAGCUGGACCUCUGUGAAGUGGCCCGAUCAAACCCUGAGGCCAUUGGAGACGUGGUGCAGGUGCCCAACACUUUCCCCAACAGGUAUUACAGCACACUUCUGCAGAGUUUAAUGGAGUGCGAGGAGGACACAGUGGAGGUGGUUCGAGCUGGUCUGGUGUCCAGACUGGGACCGGAUAUGGCCACACUCUUCCAGCUGCUUCAAAACAAACCCUGCUCAUCCGAACCCGCAGCCGCCGAGCCUUCUGGGACUGAGAGUCAAACCGGCUUCCGCUGGCCCCCAAUGUUCAAGAUCCAGCCAAACAUGUACAACAGAGACCAGACUCACCUGUUCGCCAGAAAACGCUCCAUCGUGGGAAGUCCUUAAGAGUCCUAAGAGAAGAUUCAAUGACAAGUGCAUUAAAACAGUAGUGUUUUAACAGUAAUCUUUGCUUAGUAUCACAAAAUCCAAGUACUAAUUGCAUUGCAUUGAAUAUUCAUGCCAUUAAACUGUUUUAGAUUGUUCAUAUUUAUUGCAUUAUGUUUUGGUUUAUUUGGACCUUCAUGCAAGUGUGCAGGAUAUCGAGAAAUGCUGGAAAACAAAAGAAGAAACCAACUUGAAGCGGCAGGGCAGGAGUAUUUAUUAGUGUACACUGAAUAUAAUUUAUUUUUUCCUACCAAAUGUAAUUUAUAUAGUUUACUGUUGUUUCUUGUGGUCUGAGUUUGAAAGUAAAGAAUGAACGAGAGAGAAAGAUAAGAGUGAGAGAAGAAUAAUGCAGUUUUCUGGAUGUGGUUGAGAUGUUUUCUGUGCUGGUCAUGGGAAAUAUUAUACAUUAAGAAGGGCUAACUUUGUUCAUGUUGGUUGUAUAGUUGGAUGUGCUUGGAUAGAAAUAAAGUUUUAAAGCUGC